UUAAACGCGGCUUCGGUCAUAAACCACAGAGAACUAGAAGAGUUCUGAUUUUGGUUCACCCUCUUCAGUCUUGUUCACCCAUGUCUGAGAAUCCAUUAGAACCCAUCUUCAAAACCUUCCAAAGAAUUUCAAAUUCUAUUCAAACGCAACUUUUCUCCUUCACUGGCUUAGCUAUUCACCCUUCACCUUCCAAUGAAAAGCCUCUUCUCUCUCUAUCACCUUCCUCCAAGCCAAACUCAUCACACGAUACCGACGUUUCUGCUAAGGGUAAAGCCUCACAGCCAGUGACGAAGGAAGAUCUUGGAAGGUCCACCUGGACAUUUCUUCACACUCUUGCGGCUCAGUAUCCAGAGCACCCAACUAGGCAGCAAAAGAAGGAUGUGAAAGAACUGAUGGCAAUUUUAUCACGGAUGUAUCCAUGCAAGGAAUGUGCAGACCACUUUAAAGAAGUUUUAAGAGCAAAUCCUGUGCAAGCUGGAUCUCAAGCUGAGUUCUCUCAAUGGCUAUGUCAUGUUCAUAAUGUUGUUAACAGAAGCCUAAGCAAGCCCAUGUUCCCCUGUGAGCGAGUUGAUGCCAGAUGGGGCAAGCUGGACUGCGAGCAACGUCUGUGUGAUUUACAGGGAACUACAACCUUUGGGGAUGACAGCUGAGACUAUCCAAUCUUCUUUUGUUAAUAUCAGAUUAUCUUGUAUGACUGAUGCUUAUAAUUAUUUAAAUUUCUGAGGUUACAAAAGAUGCAACUAGUUCUGCCCUACACAACGAUUUGAUCCCUCUGAGCUGUAUAUAUGAGGCAACUUAUUGGGAUUACUUUAUAAUUCUAAGGAAAUAUUGCAAACAAGUGCCUAUAACUUAUUCUCUUUUGGAAACAACUACUAGAAAAACCUCUA